AUGCGUUAUCAUAACUGCGUUCGGGAGCCUGCCGAUAAAGAGGCUGUUAAUUAUCGUGAGGUGGUUUCACUACCACCAUUUGAGGAUCAUCACCCUGAUUUUUCGUAUGCGUCUGCUACUGGAAAAUGGGAAGGAAACAUUACUUUAUUAAUCAAUACUGUUGUAAACUGGGAUAUAAAGGCGGCCAUGAUGUCCCUUUAUCACUCUUGUGUUAAAGGUCUUCCCAUUGUGAAGCACUACUAUUGUCUUAUUACACAAUUACCCAAUAUGAAGUAUAAGGUUCGAGAAUGUUUUAUGCAAAAUGAACAUAAAACGGACCCGGAUGCAAUUCGACAUUUACUUCAUAAUUGUUAG